GAUGGGCGGUCAGCGCGUACACAAACCGCGGACAGCGGAGACGGGAACCCUGCUGCAUGGCGGACUCUUCCUGCUCCUGGUUUUCGGAGCAAGUGGAUCCUCGGCGACCCAGUUGUUUUCGGUGGACAGCAGUGGCCUGGGCAUAUCCCUGAUGCAAUCGGUGGCCAUGGCCCUGAAUGCAUCCAGCCUCGCCCUGGCCAACAGCACCGCCUGGCCACUGCAGCACGAGCCUCCGGAGGAUCGGUUGCAGAUCGAGAGCUAUGACUACAUAGUUGUGGGAGCCGGGAGUGCUGGCUCCAUAGUGGCCAGUCGCCUGAGUGAGCUGUGCCGGGUGAAGGUUCUCCUGCUGGAGGAGGGCCAAUUGCCACCGCUGGAGUCCGAGAUAUUUAGCCUCAGUGGUGCACUGCAUCAGGACGAGCGGUACAUGUUCCUCGAGGAAGCUGUUCCCAACCCGAAAUGCUGCCAGGCAAUGGCCGCCAAUCGUGGCUGCGUCUGGUGGCAUGGACGCAUGAUGGGCGGAGGAGGAGCCAUCAAUGGCAAUAUCUACAUACCCGGCAGCAGGGAGAGCUUCAGGCAAUGGAAUGCAUCUGGCUGGGAUUGGCCACAGGUCCAGAGAACGUAUUCCCGCCUGCAGCGACGCCUUAAUCUCUCCUACCUUCAAGCGAGCAGUAUCAACCUGAAGUUGGCCAACCUGAUAUACUCCGGCUCAUCCGAAUUGGGUGUUCCCCGGAUGAAACAACCCCUGAUAGCGGGUUCCACCUUUGGUUACACCCAUCAUGUUCCUGUGACCAUAAACCAGGGAAGAAGAGCCAGCAGUGCUCGCCUGUACUUGGCCAAUGAUCAAGUGAACAGAAGACCGAAUCUAAAGGUAAUACGAGGAGCCCAAGUUCAGAAAGUGCUACUAAACUCAGAGGGAAACCAGGCCACUGGAGUGAUAUACAACAUAAAUGGUGUGGAAUACACCGCGAAAACCACGGGGGAAGUGAUCCUUAGUGCUGGAACCCUAAACUCCGCCAAGUUGCUCUUGCUCUCGGGCAUCGGUCCCCGGGAAGAGCUUCAAAGUUGGGAUAUACCCAUCUAUCAGGAUCUGCCAGUGGGUCGACAUCUGCAAGAUCACGGAAUGCUGCCGUUGUUCCUGCUCUUUGGUUCCAAUUGUGCCGUCAAUAGUACUCGGGAUCCUACUGAUAACCCCUAUGCUCCCGUAUCUGUGACAAAGUAUCUGCUGGAUAAUCAAAGGGGUCCUUUGGCCAGUGGUUUCUACAUGAUGGGCUACAUCAACUCCAGUUCACCCAGUUCCAGCCAUGGUCAGCCCGAUCUCCAUGUGGUGGCCCACACACUUUUGCCAAAGGGCAGCACUGGGAGCUUUGGUUACUUGGGAUUUCGGCCAGAGUUGGUUCAGGCUCAGCAAGAUAUCUUGCAAAAAUGGGAUCUACUGCAAAUAAUGGGAUCCCUAAUGAGACCUUUAUCACGAGGAAGAGUGAGUCUAAUGAGCAAAAGCUCCUCCGACCAGGCAAAAAUCGAAAACCAUUAUGGCGAGGCUCUGGAGGAUCAGCAGACACUACUUCGCUAUGUGAGAUACAUUCAAAAGUUGAGCAACACCCGUUCUUUUCGUCGAUGUGGGCUGCGUCUGUGGUUGCCGCCCCUCUCCGAAUGCGAUGUAUUAACCCCCGAUUCCGAUGAGUACUGGCUGUGCUAUAUACGAUACUUCUAUGUGGGGGCCUGGCAUUCCGUGGGCACCUGUCGCAUGGCUCCGAGGAAGGAAGCGGAUUCCCAGGAGGAGGGAGGCGUGGUGGACGAACGCUUGAGGGUUCAUGGGGUCAAGGGUCUUCGCGUUGUGGAUGCCAGCAUUAUGCCGGAGUUACCAGCAGGUAAUACGAAUGGACCCGCCAUGAUGAUCGGGGAGAAGGGAGCGCAACUCAUCCUGGAGGAUCGGGAAGUGGACAAUGAGGUGGUCCAGGAAUGCUGAUCUCUUAAAAAAUCUAUACCAGAUUUUUAAGAACCCA